AUGUCCCUCCUCCACUUCACGCGUUUCAUGAACGAUGCCGCUGCAUUGGAAAAGACCCUGCGACUCUUGCAAGGAAUCACCCAGUUGAACAUCAGCCUUCUCGCUGCGGGCCAGACCGCUGAGGCCGCUCAAGUAGUCCAUGUUAGCAGUACCCUCCGCACCAACUUCGCUCUCGCUCGCCGUUAUUUUCGCCUCUUCAAGUGGAUUGACUCUGCCCUCGUUGCUGCCGACGCCCUGCGCAAUAACGAGGCUCUGGUCGAUAGCGAGCGCGAAGGCGUGCUCGCCUUUUUGAACAUCUCAAAGUGGUCAUACUUGGGCAUGUUUUUGCUUACCGAGGCAAUCACAAUUCUCGAUGCUUCGGGUGUGAAAAAGUCUUCGUGGGCGCCCCUGUUCUUCGUCGAGUCACAGCGCUUCUGGUUCUACUCGAUUUCAUGCUCCCUCAUUCUCACCUGCUAUAACCUCUACACCAAUCGAAACGAGAUCAUCUGUCUACAGGCCGGGCUCCAUGUAGCAAAAGCCACAGCAGAGAAUGGCAUCUCCACCAGCACAAACGGGGAUGCCAAACCCAAAGACCAAACCGUGGAGAAACUCAAACCUCUACCGAAGAAAGAUCACGUGGAAGAGAAGGAGCGUGCCCUUGAGAAGGCCAGAAAACAGCGUUCCACCCACCUACGUCAACUAGUAGGCGGAUCGUGCGACCUUUUGACCCCUGGCGCCGUGAUCAAGUGGAUUCCUGUCUCUCCAGCCGUGGUCGCCAUUACAAGCAUCAUCAGCUCUUUCAUCUCACAACAAGAUAUUUGGAGGAAACUCAACACCGACUAG